AUGGCGCUCGAAGACUUUGAACGCGAGCUCGCCGAACAAAAAGAGACCGAACGAAGACGGGAACGGCGAAAGGAGCAGAGUGAACGAUCAGACCACAAACACCACAGACACCACCACCGAAAUUCACGACACAAUGAAUCCCGUGAUGAUGAAGAUGGUCACAGGUCCAAGAGAUCAAAACACUCGAGAGAUGACGAUGCGUCGGAGAGCAGACACCGCCACAGACACCGCCAUCAUCGUCGGAGCAGAGGAGAAGACAACCGCGACGGUGAAGCCGACAAUGGCGAGGGACAAGCUACAACCAGGCCCGAUCUCACCAACCUCAAACGGGACUCGUGGAUGGAAGCCCCGUCCGCACUCGACAUCGACUACGUGCAGAGGAAGAAGCGAGAACCCUCCCCUCCAAAGUCCAAUUCUCUGGCCGCAGGCUACGAACUCAAGAUCCACGAGAAGGAACUGAACCAUCAUCUGCGGGACUUACAGAAGGGCAAAGACCUUGACGACCUCGAUCUGGAUGAGGCGGAAACAAACGAGGUUGACUAUACAUUUGGCGAUGCAGGCUCUCAAUGGCGCAUGACGAAGCUCAAGGCCGUCUAUCGCCAGGCGAAGGAGUCGGGCCAAAAGGUGGACGAGGUCGCUCUGGAGCGUUAUGACAAUCUCCGUCAAUUCGAUGAAGCACGAGAGGAGGAGAUAGAACUCGACCGGCGCAGGUCUUACGGCAAGGACUACGUGGGUAAGGACAAGCCGAGCGGAGAACUCUACCAGGAGCGAAAACUCGAUGCCGGCAAACACAGACCGCGAGUCCAAGACGAGGACGAGGAGCACGAUGACCUGGUCGAGGGAAUGGCCGUACCGACAUCUUCAACGCCAGCCGCACCCAAACUCGACCAAACCGCCCUCAACAAGCUCAAGGCCCAAGUCAUGAAAGCCCAGCUCCGAAAAGAUCCCAAAGCCUCGGAGCUCGAACGAGAAUAUAACGAGGCCCUCAAGGCACACAAUCAGCAAGACCCCACCAUCAUUACCCUCUCGGCCAUGGACAACCGGAUGCUCUCAUCCGCACCUCGUAACGAAGUCAAAUCCGUGACGAACCGCCGCGGCGCCGAACGCGGCCAAGUGGAAGAAAACGAAGACAUGAGUAUCGAAGAUAUGGUACGGGAAGAGCGCCGCACACGGGGUCAGGCCGGUGGCGACGGCGCACGCCUCGCAGAACGCAUUGCCAAGGACGGCAAGUUCGACAACGACCUGGAAUACCUGGACGAGAACGCCGCGAAGCUCGCGAAGCGCGUACACAAGUCGGACGCGAAUCUGCGCAACGUCGCCAUCGGCGAGUACCAGAAACUCAACCGCAUCCUCGAAAACUGUCCGCUGUGCCAUCACGAAGACACCGACACGCCCCCGGUCGCGCCGGUCGUGUCGCUGGGCACGCGCGCGUUCCUGACCCUACCGACGGAGCCAGAACUGGCGCCGUACGCGGCGAUGAUCGUCCCCACGCAACACCACACGAACCUCCUGGCGUGCGACGACGACGAGUGGGAAGAGAUGCGCAACUUCAUGAAAUCCCUGACGCGGCUGUACCACGACAUGGGGCAGGACGUGAUCUUCUACGAGAACGCGGCGUUUCCGCACCGCAAGCCGCACGCCGCCAUGGUCGCGGUACCCCUGCCGUACAGCCUGGGCGAGACGGCGCCGGCGUUCUUCCGCGAGGCGUUCCUCAGCGCCGAGAGCGAGUGGAGCCAGCAUAAGAAGAUCAUCGACACGUUGGGCAAGGCGAAGAAGGGAGGCCUGGGCAAGAAUGCGUUCCGCAGGAGUCUCGUCAAGGAGAUGCCGUAUUUCCACGUUUGGUUCGAGUUGGAUGGUGGGUUAGGUCAUGUCGUUGAGGAGAGUGAGAGGUGGCCCAAGGGGGAUCUCUUCGCAAGGGAGAUUGUGGGCGGCAUGUUGGGUUUGGAGGCUGAUGUUGUGAAGAGGCAGGGGAGGUGGCAUCGUGGGGGAGAUAAGAGGGUUGAUGGGUUUAGGAAGAAGUGGCGCAAGUUUGAUUGGACGAGGGUCUUGACCGAGGGGGGUGCUGUUUGA